CUCGUCAUUUUUGGCCCACCGGCCGUCCCGUACGUCCUCUCUUCUCCUGUUGUCAAACGGAUUUAAACCCUCAGCACUUCGUCGCCUCGGCCGUUUAAACAUUUAAAAGUUGUCCGCGUUUCAGUCCUAAAUCCAUGUGAUGGGAAGGCCGACUGUUGGUGAUUCUGGGAUCCGGUCACGUGGUUAACAAACCCCACACAUCCGUCUCCAUGGCAACGCCCUACAGCUCAUUCUGGGAGCAGAUGGGUUGAAGAUGAAUGGAAAGAAGCUCCGCUGUCGGCGCUGCCGCAGGGCCGUCGGAGACGCCAGCUGUUUGGUGACGGCAGCAGACUCCUCUCCGGCCACCUGCUGCAUUUGGCACAUGGAUGUUGAUCAUCUACCAGAGUGGAUCUGGACCUCGGUUCAGCAGGCCAUCUGGACGUCCGGGAAGCUGAACUGCUUCCACUGUGGGGCUCGGCUGGGCGGCUUCAGCUUCCUGAACCGGUACCGCUGCCCCUGCGGCCGCGACGCCACCGUCCACUUCAGCCGCAGCCGCGUGGAUCUGGACCAGAAGCCCCGCCUCCUCAUCGUCCCGCCGCACAGGCCGGGCCGCGGGUCGGCGCAGGCCCAGCAGGAGGAGCCGGUCUGUGCUCCGGACCCGGUCUGUGCUCCGGACCCGGUCUGUGCCGGCGGGACCCCACAGCACGGUGCCGCCGGAGACAUGGACGCGCCGCAGCUGGACCCGUCUGUCCGGAGAACAACAGAACUUAAGGCUGAAGCGGAUCAUGAGGUUUGGAGCGACGCCGUCCCCUGGGAGUCUGGCGCUCCAGCAGGAUUAGCAUCGUUAGCAUCGUUAGGAUCGCCAUCUGCAGCGCCGCAGAAAUCAGAUGAAGUUUGUUUCACCUCUGAGGGAGAAGCAGAGCAGCAGGAGGAAGUGGUGUCGUCCGCUCAGGGCCCCGGGGUUCUGAGCUCCUUGGCCCGGACCAGACUGAGCAAAACGGACCAGAACCGACUGAAGAGUCGGAGGAGGAAGCAGAGGAGGAGAGAGAGAUGGCUGCAGAGUCAGCUGCAGGAGGAAGAGGAGGACGAGCCGGCCCAGUCGUCCCCAGCCUGUCCUCCGGCCUGUGAGGACGCGGACCGGGACGGUCUGACCUGCGCUGUGUGUCUGGACGUGUUCUUCCGGCCUCGCAGCUGCCUGCCCUGCGCUCACGUGUUCUGUGAGCCGUGUCUCCGGCGCCUGGCCCGGAACCGCGCCGCCCACACGCCGUGCCCGCUCUGCCGCCGCCUCAUCUGCAACACCGGCUUCCACAGAGAGCUGGACCACCGGGCCAGGACUCUGUUCCCCAAGGUCUGGGCCACACGCAGGCAGAACUUCCAGAACUCGCUGAGCGCUCGCUGGCCGCUGCCCAGCUCCCGGGAGCAAACACGCUUCGUAUGCUGUCAUGGGCGAAGCGCGGAGGCCGCGUGGCGACGCUGGCGUCUAACUCCACGACCCUUUGACCCGGGCGUGCCGGGCCUUCCUCAGCUGCCCUUUGCCACGCUCAUCAUCCUCUUCAUCGUGUCCUUCGCGCUGCUCCUCUACCUCGCCGGCUUCUUCUUCACAUUAUUCUCAUGAGUUUCUGCACAUGGUCUCGUUUUAAUCCGAUGAACUUCAGAGACUCUUUAAAUCCUGCAGAACCUCAGAAACCUGCUGAACAAAACGGUUCCAACUGCUUGCCAAAUAAAUUUCUUGACUUUUCAAGGACUGAGACGUUAAA